ACCAACUGUAACUACAUGAGAGAGAGCCCGCCCGUUCUGAGCACCCUUUCUUUCUGUAAAAGUUUCUCUACCAAUGCGCUCUUGACAACGACAUGAACUCCAGCUCUCCCAACCCUAAACCCAUGGCCUCGUUAACUUCUGGUGAUGGCUCAGGCAAGAAGGUCAGGAAACCCUACACCAUCACCAAGUCCAGAGAGAGCUGGACCGAGGAAGAGCACGACAAAUUUCUCGAAGCUCUUCAACUAUUUGACCGUGACUGGAAAAAAAUUGAAGAUUUUGUUGGUUCAAAGACAGUGAUUCAGAACUGCCUCUCAUGGCAUUAUGCCUCACCAAAAAAGAUUAGGAGUCAUGCCCAGAAAUACUUUUUAAAGGUCCAAAAGAAUGGGACAGUAGCACAUGUGCCACCGCCUCGCCCAAAGCGCAAAGCUAUUCAUCCUUACCCACAAAAGGCACCAACAAAUGUUUUAGUGCCAUUGCAAGCGUCUGUGGCAUAUCCUUCUUCAUUGCAUUCCCUUGUGCCUGUAUAUUCUCCAUGGGAUGAGACUUCCAUGCUUAUAAACACUGCAACAAGUGGAAUCGCUCCACCCCAAGAUGAAUACAGUCUUCACAUGGUUGAAGAUGAUAUUGGAUCAAAGGGGGUGGCAAAGAUUAGUAACAGUGAUGUUUGUGGCAUUGGAAGGUCAAGCAGAACACUGCCAAGCUCUGAGUUACAGAAGCAAAGAAAACAAGGUUCUGCACUUCAUGGUAUACCAGAUUUUUCUGAAGUGUACACCUUUAUUGGCAGUGUCUUUGAUCCAGACUCUGAGGGUCAAAUAGAGAAGCUCAAGGAGAUGGAUCCCAUUAAUUUUGAAACUGUAUUAUUGUUGAUGAGAAACCUCACUAUCAACUUGUCUAGCCCUGAUUUUGAGCCAAUUAGAGAGGUCCUGUCAUCAUAUGAUGCCAAUAGCAAAUCCGUUGGGGUUGCUGCUGGAAGUCCUGGGAAGGUGCAAAGCACUGAUUUAUCUUGCUGAACUGCAUCAAUUUUGAGAUGCACGAUGCUUUCCUGCUCAGCGUGCCUUGUAGUCUAGAAGUCUUAGAAUGGCAACAAUGGCCCCGAAGGACUACCAAAUAGAAGGGAAGUUUCCUCCCUGCUUGGAGGCCUUUACGGAUCAAAAUGUUCAGAUGCUCCAAUUGAAUGUGUUUUGCUAUUUGUAAUGAUUGCUCCUAUACCAUAUGCUCUUCAAUUUUGCAUGGUGCAUUUUGCCCAAGCCGAUGUAACUACGAAAAGGGGAAAAAAAAAUCUAUGUUCAGUAUAUGUAAUAAAGUUCCAAGCUCCAUUAACCUUGAGAGGGUAGGGAGUCCUGUGAGAGGGAUGAGAGACGAGAGGCGAGCUCAUGAUGGGGUGUAGAAAUGUCGAGAUUACAGUCCAACGUAUGUAAGGCAUAUAUUCUGAAAAUAAGAAGCUAUACAACAAAAUUAGCACUGUGUUUUCA